AUGCCAGGAAAGAUGCCCACUCCAAUCUGCUCUCCAAGAAAGAAAUCAGAAACCUCUACAAGAUACAGCCUUCAUCAUGAUGCAGAUUAUCCAUGUCAAGUCAUUGGAAGCUGGAACACCUGGUAUGGUGAACAAGAUCAUGCUGUGCAUCUCUGGAGAUACUCUGAUGGCUAUCCUGCUCUUUGUUUACGCAAACUGAACCUCAAUGCAGCAUAUCUUGCGUUCUAUAAAAUAAGGAGUAAAAUGCUUAUGUCUCAAUGGAACCAACUUCUAGUUUAUGAACUGAGAUCAUAUAGACUAAUGCCUGGUACAAUGGUCGAAUGGGGAAACCACUGGGCCAGAGCAAUCUCUUUCCACAGAUUGGAAAACAAAGAAGUAGUGGGCAGCUUCUUCACACAGAUAUGUGAUUUUUAUGUUGUUCAUCAUUUAUGGGCUUAUAAGGACCUGCAGACCAGAGAAGACAGCAGGAACACUGCUUGGUUAAAAGAGGGAUGAGAUGCCAAUGUGUGCACUAUACUGCACAAGUGA